AUGCCUAAACUCAGGUGUUCCUCCACGGCUGGGGGUGCUGGUAGCUCACAAGCGAGUGCCAGGGAACGGACCCCCGUUUUACCUCUACAUGGUCGCCUUCGGCUUACCAAAAUUUUUAUAAAGAGGGUGAAGCAUCGGGACACGGUCUCCAGUGGCUCAAAUAUGCCAAGCGACGAAGAACAGACAAAGAACGUAAAACGGCGAUCUGGGAAAGAAGAGUUCUUUCCCGCGUUAUCAGGAGCAACUAACUUGACUCUCUCGGCUCUGCGUGAUGCUGCUGCACUUGCACCUAUUCCCUAUCUUGGCGAGGCGGCUUCGUUGGCGAUUGACAUCUGGGAUGCUGUCCAAAGCACUCGUGAUACUAAGGCUUCCCUAAAAUCAUUAGGCUCAGACGCUAUUUCCUUGGUAUAUGCCGUCAUGGCGACGUGCGAUGAGGUGUUAAAGCGGCAUAGACAGCAGGAGUCUGCUGAGUCCACGGUAGAAGAUACGCAAAAACUCGAAAAGGAAAACUCGCAAAUAGACGAAGAAGUUAACAAGGACAGGGAUCCGUCGAAGCCAGAGCAAACGAAGAAGGAGGAAGAGAUAAACCCAGAGCUUCGGCACAAUUUGGAAAGGCUUUGUAGUACCCUGACCGAUAUAGAUGCCUUCGCCAGACAUGUCGCCUCUCGAAAUGCUUUUAUCAGGUUUUUGACAGUUCGCUCAGAUACAGGAAAGGUGACAGAGUUUCAGAACAAAAUGAAAAUGGCUUUGGAUUUGUUCACGUUGCAAUCGAACAUCACCCUUCGACAAGUAACCGGCCGCAUCGAAGCCCAGCAAACGCAGGUGCUACAGACCUUACAAUCUCCGGUCUCUCCUAUAUCCGAAGGAGCAAACAUCUUCACCUCUCUCUCCACUCCUCCUCCUGCGACUGGUCCUCCCGCUUCUGGUGAAGCUCCUACAUCUCCUAUAGCAACGGAAUCGCUCCACACGCUUCCAGGAAACGCAUCGGCUUCCGUUUUCCCUGCCAUAUUCUCGUUCGCUGGGGCUACAUUCCGAACGGGAGAUACUCCAGUACGUCACACAACUCCGACAAGCGAGGAAGGAAAGGGCAAGGGGGUAGUUGAGCAACACGGAGAAGAAAGCGGAGCUGCGACUGUUGGAUCCUCCGAACCUAUGAAUGAACCAGAGCAUGCUGCACCUGCGCGCAACCCUAUAGCCAGCAGCGGAGCCAUCAACUUCACUUCCAUCUCUGGAGACCAAAAUACUUCCUGGGUCAAUGAUCAAUCGCGGAGAUGGAAUUACGGGAACAUUUACAAUGCCGACGAGGGCCCCCGGCUUGGAAAUAAUAGGAGAACAAACGGUGGUGGUCCAAGUACUCGGAGAGAUCAGAGAGAGGAGCACGGAAACCAACGCGGAAGCGACAGAGUUGAGGACGACGAGUACGACGAUGAAGUACGGUUCGGAAGACAAUUGAAUCGAUUUGUCGCUUCGCAGCCCAGAGGUAAUCUAGCAGAUGAGACUCACGAAUGGGAUAAAGGAUACGAUUCACACGACGUUCCUGUUGUUUCCAUGAAUAAUCGUCCCCAGAUCGGAUUUAUACCCCCUCAAACAUACUACGAUGAGAACGGUGUUCCAGCUGCGAUUCCCCGAGGCAGAGGAAAGAGUGGUAGGCGUUGGAGGAACGAGCGUGAUCACUGGGAUUCAUACGGAGGUGGUAGAGGUGGGGAUUAUCGACAGAACUUCCCGGAUUUCGCUGUAUCUAUAUCUUAA